AUGAGACCGACAACGAUAAAUGAGAUUUCCAACAAAGUCAGCUUUGUACCCCUUUUGACGAGUUCCAAGAGACCCGUUCCCUCCAAAUCCUACAACAGAAAACACGUCCUCACUCACAAGCAAAAGAAAAAGUACGAAAAAUCCCUGCAGCUGUAUCAAGUCAACAGAGAAAAAUACGAAAAAGACGCGAGAAAUGAAAAGAUCACGAUUCUUGCAUAUUGGUCUUUUGUCGAUCCGUACAUGGAGCAGUUGUCGGAGAAUUGCGGUAGUUGCUGGAUGACGAAUGAUAGAAAUUUUGAGCACGCAGCUGAUGCGAUAAUUUUUGAUAAUACAAGAACUUCUACAGCUCGAAAACUUCACGACAUGCCCGAUUUCGACUCCCGCAAUCUCGACAGCCAAUACUGGAUUUGGUGGCCCCGAGAAUCCGCCGCUAAAGGAAUGAAUCGAAAGACAAUCUUUCGGGAAAUCAAAGAUGAGAACAAUUGGGACGGAUGUAUGAACCUAACAGUUUCAUAUCGCCAGGAUUCGGAUGUGAUCAGACCGUUCGGAACUAUUGAUAGAGUUUUGGAGGAUCAGCCGCAAGAUUUGCAUGGACAGGAUCUUAUGGAUUUUAUUCUAAAAAUAAAAACCGAAGAAAAGCACACUGCUUGGAUGGUCUCUGAUUGUGACCAAACUUCUGCCGCCUUAACCCGAUGGGAAUACGCCAACAGGUUAAUCGACGAGGGAUUAAAAUUGGAUGGAUACGGAAAGUGCUUCAAUAGAAUCGUCAACAGUUGGAAAGGAGACAAUUUUCUAGCGCAUUAUAAAUUUUACCUGGCCUUUGAAAACGCGUUUCACUGUACCGACUACAUCUCCGAAAAAUUCUGGCGUAAUGCCCUUUCAUCUCUGAACGUCCCCAUCGUUUUUGGCCCGGUUAAAGAAGACGUCGAAAAAGUCGCGCCGAAAGGAUCCUUCAUCUUUGCCGAGGAUUUUGAGACGCCGAAAGACUUGGUUGAUUAUUUGGACUUUUUGGAUUCGAAUGACACUGCUUAUCUUGAAUAUCACAAAUGGCGGGUUGAAGCGGACUUUCAACACAAGGAUUUUAUUCAACACAGAAAUGGUUGA